AUGGAAAAGAAGAUAUAUUUCUCAGUACCAUGCCAGUGGUUCAAGGAUUUAUUUCUAGUUUUCUCUAUAGACCUGAACCCUGUAGAGUCAUCAGACGAUAGCAGAGAUAUCUCCAGGGGGUUCUUCUACCUGGUCCCUUGUCUUCAUCUUGUAGAUAAAUAUCGUCAGAUCUACAUACAGGAGAACAACAGGACGGAGGUCACAGAGUUCCUUCUCUUAGGAUUUCAGGUCAGUCGAGGGUUAAGACUUUUCCUGUUCUGUCUGUUCCUUGUGGUUUAUUGUCUGAUAAUUUGUGGGAAUCUCCUGAUCAUCACCCUGGUGUCCACCAGCAAAAACCUCCACACCCCAAUGUACUUCUUCAUCUCACAUCUGUCCAUCAGUGACAUCUUGUUAUCCACAGAUAUUGUCCCCAAUAUGAUCCACAUCCUACUGAAUAAUGGGGGGACCAUGACUUUUAUUGGUUGUAUCACUCAGCUUUAUUUCUUUUCCACCUCAGAAGGAUUUGAAUGUUUUCUCCUUGCUGUGAUGUCUUAUGACAGAUAUGUGGCCAUCUGUAAUCCUCUCCGUUACUCCUCUAUCAUGACAAGUGCCCAUUGUGUUAUACUGACCGUCAUCUCUUGGUUGUCUGGAUGUUCUGUUACUAUGAUUUAUACCAUAACAAUAACAACGCUAAACUUCUGUGGUCCCAAUAUCAUUGACCAUUUAUUUUGUGACUUUAUUCCCUUACUAGAACUUUCCUGUUCUAACACUUUCAUUGUCCACUUGGAGAUUUAUGUAAUAAGCAUCCCAGAUGUCUUCAUUCCAACCACCAUCAUUGUAAUGUCUUAUACUUAUAUUGUCCUAACAAUCCUAAGGAUCCCAUCCAAUACUGGUAGACAGAAAGCCUUCUCCACCUGUAGCUCCCACCUCAUUGUGGUCUCCAUAUUCUAUGGGACUUUGCUCAGUGUUUAUAUGGUCCCAACAAAAGGACAAACACUGACCAUGAGUAAAAUCCUCUCCCUGCUAUAUACUGUGUUUACUCCUUUGGUCAACCCCAUUAUUUACAGUCUGAGAAAUGAAGACAUUAAUAAAGCCGUACAGAAAACACUUCAUAAGUGGAAGAUCAGAACCGCAAUUCUCGAGAGCAUAUCACCUGAAGAUCAUCUCCUGCCUGUCUCGGAACAUCUGAAGAAGGAGAAGAUCUUGAAGACUGCAGCUCCAGCUCUUCGCAGACACUAUCCAGCAGAAUGGAGAGAUCAGAGGGAUGACCGCACCAAGACCAGAUCGCUACGAGGAUUGAGCGGAGUGUUAGAGCAGCAUAAUGUGCAAUGUAUAGCUUAG